UCGCAGUGGCACACAGUGGCGAGGAGCUGCGGCUGGAUGUCACAGGGAAAUACUGCAAUAAUACGUCAAUGUGAUAAAUACAUAGGACUUGAAAAAAGUCUCCAGGAUAAACUGACACACACAUACGGAGAAACCUUCAACCCUAUCCGGAGUUUGGAAUUACUAUCUUAAUUGUAACCAUAAGGUGUCUACGUUAAAGAUGUUGCCAUGUUGCCCUCUCCUGCUGUUGCUAUGCGCGGCUCGGCUGCUCUCCACCUCCUCGGCCCUGCCCUUCGAGCAGAGAGGCUUCUGGGAUUUUGCCAUGGACAGCAUGGACAGCGGCGGGAUGAUGCCGAUGAUGAGGGACGAGGAACAAGGCUCGGGUGUAGAGGAGAUUCCUUUCCCUGACUUACCCGUGUGCCCCUUCGGCUGCCACUGUCAGCUCAGGGUCGUCCAGUGUUCUGACCUCGGUCUGACUGAGGUGCCAAAGAAUAUUCCUUCAGACACCAAGUUCCUGGACCUCCAGAAUAACCAUAUCACUGAGCUGAAAGAGAAUGACUUCAAGGGCCUGACUAACUUAUAUGGUCUGUCUCUGAGGAAUAACCUGAUUUCCAAAGUCCACCCCAAAGCAUUUGUGCCUCUGAAGCACAUGCAGAAGCUCUACUUCUCCAGGAAUAUGCUGACCACUGUUCCCAAGAACUUGCCGGCCUCUCUGGUUGAGAUGAGGAUCCACGAGAACCGCAUCAAGAAGGUGGAGGCUGGAGCGUUCGCAGGACUGGUCAACAUGAACUGCAUAGAAAUGGGAGCAAACCCCAUCCAUAACAGCGGUUUUGAGCCGGGAGCCUUCAAGGGACUGAAACUCAAUUAUCUGCGUAUAUCAGAGGCCAAAUUAACUGGCGUGCCAAAAGAUCUCCCAGAGACUCUGCAUGAGCUUCAUCUGGACCACAACCAGAUCCAGGCUGUGGAACUGGAGGACCUGAGCCGCUACAAACACCUGUACAGGUUGGGCCUUGGGUUUAACCACAUCCGUGACGUUCAGAAUGGAAGUCUGUCCUUCCUCUCCAGAUUGAGAGAGCUGCAUCUGGACAAUAACCGCCUCACUCGUGUUCCCAAGGGCCUCCCAGAUAUGAAAUACCUGCAGGUGGUGUACCUCCAUUCCAACAACAUCGACCAGGUGGGCGUGGAUGACUUCUGCCCUCGAGGAUUUGGGAUGAAGAGGACGUUCUAUAACGGCAUCAGCUUGUUUUCUAACCCUGUCAACUACUGGGAGGUGCAGCCUGCAACGUUCCGCUGUGUCGGCAAUCGUCUGGCUAUUCAGUUUGGCAACUACAAAAAGUAAAGAUAGGGCGAUACAGAGAGGUGGAGAAAGUGAGAAGAAGGUCAUGGCAGAGGAGCCGAUAAUUUAAAUAAUGAAACAAACUUAAGGUAUUGAAGGAAGGGAUUUCAUAUUUGAGAUCGAUAUCUUUGUUUUUAUUGUUUUUGGAGAGAGGAUUAGUGACGGAGAGGAUGGGCAAUAAACUGAUGAAAUGGAAAGAGAAGUGAAAAAUGCAAUAACACAACUUGAAGGGAGUGGGAAACUAAGCGCUGGCAGUACUUCACAUGAGUUUUCUCAUUUUUUGAUUUUAUGGUUUUGAAAGUUUUGCCAUUUGAAAUGGAUAAAACUGAGGAGAAUGUCUGAGCUUGUUUCCCCCUGGCCUAAAUUGAUGAAAAAUGGAACUUGUGAAGCAUUUAAUUCAAUAUAUUUGACACAAUAGUGCUUAUUUUGAUAGUUGUCUCUUUUACAUCAACAAUUUGGUUAAGAAGUAAACAUUAGAAAAGGAAUGCAUUAUAGUUUUUUUAUUUACAUAAAAACGUGCUCUGUAUGACUUUGUGUGUGUGUGUGUGUGUGUGUGCUGAUUUGGGAGAUACAACACAUUGCCCCUGUUUAAGCCAUAUGGCCCUCAGCUCACUUAAAUUAUACUGUAUUUGUCAUCUGUAGUCACAGAUCUGGGGUCAAUUUACAACAUUUACAUAAACAAAAAUAACUGCACUUCGUGUAGAAACUAUUAUUCAACCAGUUCAAAUGCAUGUUUGUACAUAUCAUGAAAGUUGAAAAAGGGAAAUAAGUACAUUUUAAAAUCAUCCUCAUUAGUGCUAAACAUAUUUUCUAACUGAACCUGUAUGAGAUGUCUUUUCUGUGCCUUUACUAACUAUUAUGCUGACUGUUUGCUGACUGUAUGCUGACUUUAAUACAGUGGUAGAGGGGGUUUUGCCCCAGUUAGAGAAAACACACAUCCACCUUGCUUUGAGACAAUGAAGGCAGUGUGGUCACAUGGCGCUACAAACAAUAGUAGUGUUGGUGCAUUGUUUUGCACAGUAUUUUUCUGUUAUGCUUCAUCUGCCUGUUUACAUUGGUAGACAUUUAUCUGGAACUACUUUAGCCAUUAGUACUCUGUCCUGUCUCUGUUCUGUAAUCAAGUUACUGCUCCAUGUGAAUAAAAACAUUUUUAGCCUGCUGCAUAAAGCCAGAGAACGACUGGUGCCCCUGGGCGGGAUGCUGUGUGAGAAUAAAUAUUAAAAGUGGCAAACAUUUGAUUAAUAGUAAAAGCAGAGACACUAAUUAUUUCGACAUUCAUGGGAUUCAAGAGAGCGAUAGUCUAUGAUAUUUUAAUCACUAUUGGCUUGAUGUUAUUAAUUUGUCUUCAAAUUUAAUCCAUCCCGACAUUUUGAUGGGCCUUUUGUCUGACGCCUUUACAUGUAAAAUAAACUCAACAUAGUAACUUUGUUAUUCGGGUCAAUAUGAACACUUAACGUAUGAACACUUUAAGCUUAAGAAUCUUUUAUUUGAAAUGAUGGAAAGAAUAAAAAUAGUUUAGAAUGAGUUUUGUGUGUGCAUCAGAAUAUCUUUUAUCAUGCAGGGGGACAUUGUAAGAAGUGAAGUUUAUAUCUUUGAUCUUAAUUAUUAUUAUGAUCAGCAUAAGCUGCUCCACAGGAUCUCCAUAAUUAAACUUUUUAAAACGGU